UCCUCCUCCUCCUCUCGGCUGCGCGGAGGUGGAUCCUGGCUGGGCAGCAGCUGAGCCAUGGCUACGAAUUUCAACGACAUUGUCAAACAGGGAUACGUGAAAAUGAAGAGCAGGAAAUUGGGGAUUUACCGGCGUUGUUGGCUCGUCUUCCGAAAAUCUUCCAGCAAAGGCCCUCAGCGGCUGGAGAAAUACCCGGAUGAGAAGUCGGUGUGUUUGCGAGGAUGUCCAAAGGUCACUGAGAUCAGCAACGUGAAAUGCAUCACGAGGCUACCAAAGGAGACUAAGCGGCAGGCCGUGGCCAUCAUCUUCACCGACGACUCGGCUCGGACGUUCACUUGUGAAUCUGAGCUGGAGGCUGAGGAGUGGUACAAAACUCUGUCCAUCGAGUGCCUGGGGGCACGGCUCAACGACAUCAGCCUGGGAGAGCCAGAUCUGCUGGCACCUGGAGUGCAGUGUGAGCAGACAGAUCGCUUCAACGUCUUCCUCCUUCCCUGCCCCAACCUGGACAUCUACGGCGAGUGCAAAUUGCAGAUCACACACGAGAACAUUUACCUCUGGGACAUGCACAACCCCCGUGUCAAGCUCGUCUCCUGGCCCCUGUGCUCGCUGCGACGCUACGGACGAGAUGCCACGCGGUUCACCUUUGAGGCUGGCCGCAGGAUGUGUGAUGCCGGCGAAGGCCUGUAUACCUUUCAGACCCAGGAGGGUGAGCAGAUCUACCAGAGGGUCCACAGCGCCACCUUAGCCAUUGCUGAACAGCACAAGCGCGUCCUUCUGGAGAUGGAGAAGAAUGUGAGGCUGUUGAACAAGGGCACAGAGCAUUACUCCUACCCCUGCACACCAACCACCAUGUUGCCACGCAGCGCCUACUGGCACCACAUCACCGGCUCACAGAACAUUGCCGAAUCCUCAAACUACAGUGGUGACUCGUACUCGGGGCCCCAGGCCAGCUCAGAGACUGACCUCUUGAACCGUUUCAUCUUGUUGAAGCCAAAUGCUCCCAAAAGCGGGAAGAACGACAGCAAAGACUCCAGCUCGGCUUCACAGUGAUGCAGCCCUGGGUGGAGGGAGAGACCCGGGCAGAGGGCCAGCUCAGCCCACAAGUGCUGUUGCUCAGCACCGAAGAUUUUGUGGUCCAGUGCCUGCUCCCGCAUUUCC